AUGCAGCGGCCAGCAUCAGGAUUCGGUCAGCCUCAAUCGAGGGUUAUUACCGGCGGCGCGAUGUCGUUCGAUGCGUCGAUGCAUGGCAGCUUUGGAUCAACAAACUCCUUUGCUGAUCACUCACUCUCUAUGGAUAUGUCUGACGAUACGGCCAUCAAGAUCGCUACGCUUCAGGCUAAGCUAAACAAGAAACUUGGGCCGGAGUACAUCUCACAGAGACCUGGACCUGGAGGUGGACCUAAGCUCACGUAUGCGGAAGGGUGGAAAAUUAUUAACAUUGCAAAUGAAGUGUUUGGGUUCAAUGGGUGGAGUUCCCAAAUUGUCAAUAUGACUACCGACUACAUGGACUACAAUGAGGAGUCCAAGAGGUGUAACGUUGGUGUUUCUUGCAUCGUCCGUGUCACCCUCAGAUACGGUGUGUUUCACGAAGAUGUGGGAUAUGGGGCGGCAGAGAAUGCGAAGGGCAAAGCUCAGGCUAUCGACAAGAGUAAGAAGGAAGCUGUGACUGAUGCAUUGAAGCGAGCGCUCCGCAACUUCGGAUCACUCCUUGGAAAUUGUUUAUAUGACAAGUCAUAUACCCAAGAGAUCACGAAAAUUAAAGUCCCACCUGCAAAAUUCGACAAGUCCGAGCUAUAUCGCCGUCCAGAGUUUGAUGACACCAAACCUAACAUAGCAGGCAGUAUUUCAGUGGCUGCACCUACUUCAGUACAAACAGCACCACCAACGCCGUCGAUUGCUUCAGAUGUGAAAACGAACAAGGUUGUGGUCAAGUCCGAGCCACCUCAGGGUGCAGAGGCCCCGAUCACAUAUAUCCCCCGACACUUACGACAGGAGAUGGCUUCCGGUGCAAGUGGUUCCACAAGCACUACCCCAAUCCGUAACGACCAAGCAUCUGGGAGUGGUCACGGUGCUACCAACGGCCUGAACACUCCUAUCCAUACACCAGUCCAACGAGCGGGGAAUGCAAAUCGCGGGCAGUACAGGCAAACUGCCCCGUCACCACUUGUUCAGCCUGAGCAACGACGUGUGUCUUUUACUGAACCUGCUGCAGAACCGCCGCCAGUGGACGAGGUCGAACUACCAGUGGCUGAUGAGACGUCAUACAGUAUUGACUCAGAAGACGACGAAUUCUACGCUAACGUUGACCUCGGGGAUGGUGAUUUGGGGAGACCGAUCGACUUCGAAGAGGGCAUGGGUGGAGUGAGUGUCUCGGACGUGACUUUUGACCAGGGGAAAGCCGCUACAUCUGGGAAUCCUCGAGAAUCCUCAAAGCGACUCGGUGCAUGGACAGGAGAUCUCUAA